CUUUGAUCUGAAGAACAGCAUCGGCUUUCUUAGCGAACCACAAGGUGGCAGUGUUUCCCCAGGGCGCACGGAUCCUGAAACCACCCCACGUUCACCAAACGAGGCCACGUUGGAGACGUCACAGUGAGAGGAGAAAGAAAGAAGCACAUUUUUGACCAAACAAAGACCUUCACUUUGUUUCAUUGUGAAAAGGACAGUCUCAUAGGACCUGAUCCGAACCUGAAGGCUCUGAUUGUCUCAAAUCACCAGAAAGCACUGCAGAUGACACACAUCCUCGGAGCAGCCCUGGAAGGCACAAUGCAAUACUGCAAAAACAACUGGAACCACUUUCUGUGAAGGAUUUCAGAGCUCCGACAUAUGCUAGCGCUUUAGAAACGACCUCUGAAUCUGAGCCAGAAGAGAUGAAGCUCCGUUUUGGUUGAAUCUGUGGAACAUCUGGAUGUUUUCCCGCCUUGAUCCGCCCAGAAACGUAAACUCUCCCCUAAAGUCGUCAGAAACCCGCCGCAGCUGGAUCCGCGCUGACCCCGCGUUCACCUGAGCAGCGCGAGACUCACAUCUGGCCGUCCUCCUUGUGACGUCACAGCCCCUUCUUGCGCCGUCGGGACUGAAGACUUGUGCGGGAGGAGGAGCUGUCAAAGUUUCCCGGAGAAAGAACGACUCACUCUUUUUUCACGCAAACGAACAGAGCGGAACCGAAGCUCAGGAGAGCAGAAGGCUCGCGCGCGCUGGUAUGGACUGACCUCGACCCCGCACGAGCUCGAACGACGAUGGCAGCCGGUUUUCUGAAGUGGAUCUGCGUCCUCACCUCCGCGCUCUCCUGCGUCCUGGCGGAGCGGAAAGUAUGUCAAGGUCUCAGCAACCGUCUGAACCUGCUGGGCUCUAAAGACGACCACUACCAGAACAUGGUGAAGACCUACAGCAACUGCACUGUGGUGCUGCAGAACCUGGAGAUCACCCACAUGGAGGAUGACCAUGAUUUGUCCUUCCUCAAGUCUAUUGAAGAAGUGGGCGGUUACGUCCUGAUUGCUCUCAAUACAGCAGCCAGAAUUCCUCUGGAGAAUCUGCGCAUCAUCCGGGGUCAUUCUCUCUACGAGGGAGAGUUUGCUCUUUCUGUGCUUGUUAACGUCGAUAAAACUACAGGCCGGGGUUCCUCCCAACUCCUGCUGACCAACCUGACAGAGAUUCUUGAAGGAGGCAUAAAGUUUGGCACCAACCAACUUUGCAACAUGGAAACGAUCCAGUGGUUUGAUAUCGUCAACCCAGACAAGAAGCCCAAGAUGGAGCUCCCGAUGGCGAGCAAUAACCCUCUCUGUCAAAAAUGUCACUCAAGCUGCUUCAACGGGUCGUGCUGGGCUCCUGGACCUCAGUACUGUCAGACCUUCACCAAACUGAACUGUGCACAGCAGUGCUCCAAGCGAUGCAAAGGUCCGUCUCCGAGCGACUGCUGCAACGAGCAUUGUGCAGCGGGCUGCACGGGACCCCGACCCACCGACUGUCUGGCCUGCCGGGACUUCCAAGACGAUGGGGUGUGUAAGGACUCCUGCCCCGGCCUCAUGCGCUACGACCCCAACCUCCACCUGUUGGUUCCAAACCCCAAUGGGAAGUACAGCUUUGGGGCCACCUGUGUGAAGAACUGCCCACAUAACUACGUUGUGACGGAUCACGGUGCGUGCGUACGGACGUGCAGCGGGAACACCUACGAAGUGGAGGAAGGAGGAAUCAGGAAGUGCGCCAAGUGCAACGGACCCUGUCCCAAAGUGUGUAAUGGACUUGGGACGGGAAACCUGACUCACGCGCUGUCCAUCAAUGCCACAAACAUCGACUCCUUUAAAAACUGCACCAAAAUCAAUGGGAACAUUGCUUUUAUUCACACUUCCAUUCACGGAGACCAAUUCACCAAAACCCCAAAGCUAGAUCCCGCCAAGCUUGAUGUGUUUAAAACUGUUAAAGAAAUCACUGGAUACCUGUGGAUCCAGACGUGGCCAAAGAACAUGAGCUCGCUCAGUCCUUUUGAGAACCUGGAGGUCAUUCGAGGACGAACGAAGCGGGGUAGCCGCAGCGUUGCCAUUACUCAGCUUGACAUCAGCUAUCUGGGCCUUCGCUCCCUCAAAGAAAUCAGCGACGGUGACGUGGUCAUCUUCAAGAACCCCAAUCUCUGCUACACCAACAGAAGCCACUGGAAAGGACUCUUCAAGUCCGAAACGCAAAGCGCCAACGUGGAAGGAAAUGCAGGCGCUACCGAGUGUGCUCUGAUGAACAGCACGUGUGACAGGAAGUGCGCCGCGGACGGCUGCUGGGGGCCCGGCCCGGACAUGUGCUUCGCCUGUCAAGACUACAGCCGUGGAGGGAGAUGCGUCGACUCCUGCAACAUCCUGGAGAGUGAGCCGCGGGAAGCAGUCAAGAAUAAAACCUGUGUGGAGUGCGACUCUGAGUGUCAGCGCAUGAAUGGAACAGCAACCUGCAGCGCUCCCGGUCCUAGAAAUUGUGCCAAGUGUGCCAACUUCCAAGACGGACUGUUCUGUGUGUCCCGCUGUCCUCAAGGCGUGCCUGGAGAGGACGACACCCUGGUGUGGAAAUACGCCGAUGAGAGGAAUGUGUGUCAGCUCUGCCACAAAAACUGCACCCAAGGGUGUACUGGACCGGGUCUCAGAGGCUGCCACAUUAAAAGCCCCACGGGUCUUUCUAUGAUCGCCGCUGGAGUGGUGGGUGGACUGCUCACUGUACUCGUGGCCGGCCUUUCGGUCUUUGUGUUUCUUCGCCGACGACACAUCAAGCGGAAGAGGACCAUGCGCCGGCUGCUGCAGGAGAGAGAGCUUGUUGAACCCCUCACCCCGAGUGGACAGGCUCCAAACCAGGCUCUGCUGCGGAUCCUGAAGGAAUCCGAGUUCAAGAAAAUUAAAGUGCUGGGUUCAGGAGCGUUUGGUACCGUUUACAAGGGUCUGUGGGUACCUGAGGGGGAGGAUGUGAAGAUCCCAGUGGCCAUCAAGGUUUUGAGAGAAGCCACAUCGCCGAAAGCCAACAAAGAGAUUUUGGAUGAGGCGUAUGUGAUGGCCAGUGUGGAAAACCCUCACGUGUGCCGUCUGCUUGGCAUCUGUCUCACCUCGACGGUGCAGCUCAUCACGCAGCUGAUGCCCUACGGCUGCCUGCUGGACUACGUCAAAGAGAAAAAGGACAACAUCGGCUCCCAGCACCUGCUCAACUGGUGUGUGCAGAUCGCCAAGGGGAUGAACUACCUGGAGGAGCGUCAUCUGGUUCACCGGGACUUGGCUGCUCGAAACGUUCUAGUGAAGACUCCUCAUCAUAUCAAGAUCACAGACUUUGGUCUGGCCAAGCUCCUCAAUGCAGACGAGAAGGAGUACCACGCAGACGGAGGAAAGGUGCCAAUCAAAUGGAUGGCUCUUGAAUCUAUCCUGACCAGAACCUACACUCACCAGAGUGACGUCUGGAGCUACGGUGUCACCGUCUGGGAGCUGAUGACAUUCGGGACCAAACCGUACGACGGGAUUCCAGCCAGUGAAAUAGCCGGAAUCCUGGAGAAAGGAGAUCGGCUUCCUCAGCCUCCAAUCUGCACCAUCGACGUCUACAUGAUCAUGGUGAAAUGUUGGAUGAUCGACGCGGAGAGUCGGCCUCGCUUCAGAGAACUGAUUGCUGAGUUUACCAAGAUGGCCAGAGAUCCGUCCCGCUACCUGGUCAUCCAGGGCGACGACCGGAUGCACCUGCCGAGCCCGACAGACACCACGUUCUAUCGCAGCUUGAUCGGCGGCGAGGACACAGAGGAGUGCGUGGACGCGGACAAGUAUCUGCUGCCCCAGCGUAACUUCUUCAGCAGCCCCAGCACCUCCCAAACCCCCCUGCUUCACUCCACAAGCACCACCAGCAGCAAUGGACCGUACAACGGCAAAAACGGAUUACUGAAUGGAUUCCCAAGCAGAGAUGGGAGCAUGAUUCUCCGAUAUAUUCCCGACCCGACAGACCAUAGUUUGGAUGAAGCCUUCCAGCCCGCUCCAGAUUACAUGAACCAGAACGGCGUUUCGGACGUGGCCAACCCCAUCUACCAGAAUCCCAGGCCGCCGCGCUCCACUCUUCCCACCAUCUCCUCCGACGACGCAGAGUCGGAGUAUCUGAACGAUUUUAAGAGCGGACCCCAAUAUCUCAACGAGUUCCCGCCCUUCACCGUGCUCCCACCCAACGGCGUCCAGGCGUAUCAGCCCCAGAACAGCAUGGACAACCCCGACUACCAGCAGGACUUCACUCCCACGCUAAAGACUCACGCUAACGGACACAUACCGGCGGCGGAGAACGCAGAAUACCUCGGGCCGGACUGAGACGAACGCUUCUCCUCAGCUUCAUACUAUGAAUGACUUCUUGAUGAAAGUGGGACGAGGCCUGAGACCCUCACCAGAUCCUCUGGACCAGAUGCUCUCCACCUGGAGGACGGAGCACCUGCCUGAACGUGUGGCGGGACAUUUAGGAAGUUUCCUUUGGUUUAGGAACAGGUUUCCGCUGAUAUGAAACAGCAUUCCAGAAGAGCCUGAAGUACAUGAGUUCUUCAGGAUGACAAACGUUUCAUCUGUCAAAAAGUACAGCAACUUAAGGAGUUUUUUAGGACCCACUCCGAUCUAUUUAACGUUUUCUUGUGGAGGAUGUAUAUUAAGACAAUUAAUCUCAUAUUAUUUUAUUCAAAUCGAUAUAAAUGAGAAAAAUACUGUUAGAAAAAGAUCCUAUUUGUGGCGUAGAAAUGAUGCUGGACGGGCGAUAAGCUUCCUGUUCUGAGCUGUCAGCAAAAGGGACGGGAAAGGGGGCGGGGUUGCUCCACAACAAUAGUCCCGCCCACAAUUCAGAGGCUUAUUUUAAAAGAAUUAGGCCCAAUCCGAAUUCUUCCCUUUUCCCUUAUCCCUCCAAACAGAAAGAUGUGAAAAAAUAGUGUCUAAUAUUUUGGACUUUCUUUGAUGACAUCACCAAUGAUUGGCGGUCCGCUAGCGUUAGCACAGAGCUUCCAGUGCUUGAAUA